AGGAGACCCCAAAGGCCCUGACCAGGACAGUCAGGGCUAGACCUCAGAGAUGCUGGUCGGGGUCGGGGGUACCAGUGCUGAGUGUGGCUGAGCGGGAGUGGGGCGCCCUGUUCUUGCCUUUAGUCAAACAGGACCACUGGCUGUGGUGUGGACCAAGGACCCUGCCACCUUGGCUUUGCUCUGGAGCCCAUGGAGCUGAGACCUGACAUCAGCCACAAGGAGAAUGUGCCCCCUAGGCCUGCAACCCCCCUGAGGCCAGAGAAACAAAGAGUCCUGAAGAGCCUGGGUGUCGGCCUGGCCAGUAGACACGGCCGGUGCGUGCCCGUGUGCCAGGCCGAGAGGGGAGGGCCUGCAGCCACACCCUCCCUGGGGACAGCGCUGCGCCAGGAGCCCUGCCAGGUGCAGACCAACCUGGCCGGCCCUGGCCCCAGCCUGGGCCUCGCCCUGAAGGACACGACUGGGCGGCUGAUCAACUCCAGCUUCCAGCAGCAGAGCAACCUGCAGCCCCUGGCCUGGAGGCCCCAAGGGAGAGCCCAAGAGUUUGCCAUCCAGCAGAGUAACCUGAGCAUCAGGGAGACCAGCGUGGCUGAGUGUGGACGUCACACCAGCCCCUGCCUCUGGCUGGAGCCUCAGGAAAGCUGGCCCAACUUGAGGCCCUGGGGAAGCCCCCUAUCCCGAGGGCCACUGGAUUGCCCAUCCUCCAGCCUGAGACGGUCCCGGCUGCUGGCCACAGACACUCGCUGCCCAGAUGUCCGACCCACUGCAGGCCUGGCCCCUCUCAAUUGGCACACACAGCCGGGCCUCAGAUCCCGGUGUGGCCUGGGGGGCUCGACCUCCAGGAUCGUGGGGGAGCCCCUCAGCCUGGAGGACCUGGCUGUCCCUGCCUGGAGCCGGGCUUGGGCCCCAUCGCAAGCUGCCAUCCACCAGCUACUGGCCUCCGUGCGACGCCUGGAGCACGAGGCAGCCGGUUUCAGGUGCCAGGCAUCCCGGGAACCCCCAGGCCCUGUGCAGCGGGAGCCCUGGACCAGUGCUGGUCAGGCAGUCCCUGCUCACCCACAGCCCAGCCAGCCAGUUCUUGCUUCCUGCAAUGAGAGGAAAAAACACUCUGGAGAUCUCAGGGGAACCGUGGGUUUCCCAGAGACCCCGGGGGUCCAGGAUGGUCUCUCAGACUCUCAGGCAAGCAGCAAGCCUGCACGGAUGGAGACCACUUUGCAGAUGCUGCCUGGGGAUGCCCUUGACCCUGAGCAGGGCGUCCUUGGUACCCACCGCCUAAGGCGAGGAAAGAAGAGCUCCCCAGGGACUACAUAUGGCCGGGGGCGGAGGGGGGACCCCCUGCUCUCUCAAGGUGUGGGCAGCAGGGAGGCCAGCCUCUGCUCUUUAGUCUCCUGCAGUUCAGCCUGGGACGUCCUCCCUGGGCAGGAAGGAGGGGAGGGGACCCCGUGGGAGCAGAUCAGCAAGGAGGGAGAGAGGCUGGCUUCCUCCUGGUUUGCCUCCAGCUGGCAGUGGGCGUCCAGAUGUUUCAGAGGGUGGCGGCGCUUGGUGCAGAGGCGGCAGGCAGUGGUGGCGGCCGUGGCGCUGGGCCGCCGGCAGCUGUUGCCCAAGGGUCUGCGGGCGCUGCGGUGGGCACUGUGGCUCCGGGAACCCCAGAUGGAGGCAGCGUCGGGGCGACACAUGCAGGUCCUGCUGAACCGGGCCUUCCAAAAGUGGAGAAACCUGACCCAGCAGCAGAAACACGGGCAGCCCCAUGUGCAGGCUGGGCCAGGACCCCCACCCUCCAGGGGAGGCCAGGACCAAGGCUUCUCAGGAAGGAAGCCAGUGGUGGACGCUGCCCAGAGAAACAGUCCAGGGAGUCUGAGGGAAGAGGCUGGAGCCAGGCCAGUUCAAUUGCAUUCUGGGCUGAAGCCAGAUGGAGGAAACGGGGCAGUCCAGAUCCUGCAUGCUGUGCGACAGCUGGCCGGUGAGAUGUGGGGUGCCGGGAAGGUGGGGCAGACAGGGCAGGGCCCCCGCGUGGGCAGGGCUGGGGUCUUCCUCCUGUGGUGCCAUCAGAAGGAAUGGGCCAUGCAGGAGAAGGAGGUCCAGGCAGAGGCCUCCCAGGCCACGGUGAGGACUCAGAGGAGGGAGAGGCCCCCCCAGGCCUGGUGCUCUCCUGCUGCACAUGCAGCCUGGGUGGCCCCACUGGACACCCAGCGCCAGACAGCCUGGCUUUGCAGGUGCUUUGGGGCCUGGCAGCGUUUCGUGCAAAGAGGGACCCAGUACCGGAACCACGUGGCCAGCCGCCGGGUGGGGACCCUGAGGGUGUGCCUGCAGCAGUGGGUGCAGAUGAAGCAGCUCCAGGCCUCAGAUGGGGCGAAGGUGACCCAGCUGUCCCUUUGCCGGCAGAAGGCGGGGAACACGGUCCUCCUCCUCAGUUCAGCCCCUGGAAGGGCCACAGCCUGUGGCCUGGGGGUGGUGGGGCUGCCCCAGGAGCAAGGCCAGGCCUCCCUGAAGGAAGCCUGCCGGAGACUGGCCCUCCACCGGACACUGCUGCUCUGGAGGACACGGCUCUCCCAGCGCCAGCAGGCUGACUCCUUCUUUCAGGAGAUGCAGCGCCGGGUGCUUCGGCACAUCCUGAGGGGGUGGCGCCUGAGGGCACAGGAUCCAGGCAGGACCACCUUGGUCCCAGAACCACUGGGCGGCAUCCUGGGAGAGGAGGCCUGGCGGGGCUGCAACACACCCCACAGCUCACUGGAGAAGGCUCCCAGGGCCUCCGCUCUCCUGGAGAUCCUCCGAAUGAAAUUCCUAUGGGCAGCUGGGCGGCGGCAGCAGGAGCGGUGUCUUGUGCUCUGGCAGGCACGGGCCCAGCAGUCCCGAAGCACAGCAAGAUGGCACCGGAGCAUCCUUCAGAGGCGCAUCCUCCUUGGCUGGAGCCACUGGGCAACAGCCCAAGGAGCCCAGAGAGAGCUGGCUGCCUGCUGGGCCUGGGAUCGGAGCUGCCGGGCCACGCUGGGUCUGUGGCGGCAGCGGCUGGUGCAGCGGCGGGAGGCGGAGCAGUGGGCCCAGGAGUGGGGCCGGAGACUGGAGCAGCGUGCCCUGGGCCACUGGCACUCGUGCUGGCAGAGGCAGCAGCUCCUGGGUGAGAAGUACCAGAGGUGGGUGCAGGUCCGGCUCCAGGGCCUGCGGAGGGCCGUGCUCCGGGGCUGGCGGCAGGCGGCAGCUCGUCGGAGACGUGCAGCGACUGGUCCAGAGCAGCUCCUACUGCAGAGCCCCUUCCAGGCCCGGUUUGGAGUCAUGAGAGAUACAGGGAUGCCGUGGGCCAAGCAUCCAGCCUUCCAGGAUGGCCCAAGGAGACGGGCUCUGGAGGCUGCAUCUGCCACGUGGUGGGAAGUCCCAGUGACCACAGCUGAGGCUCAGAAGCAGCGCGGAGCCCGGGCCUCCUUCACCUGCUGGAGCAGCCGCCAUGUGCAGGGGUGCCAGGUGGACAGGCAGCUGAGGAGGGCCCGGGCCCACCGGGCCCCCAUUGCAGGGCAAGCAGCCCUGGGCCAGUGCUUCGAGGCCCGCCAGCAGGCAGAAGAGAGAGCCCGGGCCCAGGCCCUGUGCUGGACGCUGUGGGUGCGUGAGUCCUGCCUACACCAGGCCGGCCGAGCCCACACUGCCUGGAAGCUGAGCGCCAGGUGUGGGCUCCUCCCUCCUCCCAGCCCACACUCCAGGGUCCUUGAGGCCUGGGCCCAGUCAGCAGCCCAGGGCCGUGUCCAGCGAACCUCCGUCACCCAGUUCCAGCAGGCUGGGCCCAGAGCCCACCCCAGGCCCAGGGCGGACGUCAGGCACUGGCUCAGGCUGGCCACCAGAGGGCACCUCCUGGUGCUGAUGACUGCUCCAGCCCCGGGGAAGGGGAAGCAGGCCAGACCUGGGCUCUCUCUGGCCAGUGCUCGUCCGCAGGAUCCCGGGGGAGCAGGCCCAGGCCAGUGGCUCUGCCCUUCUUCCUGGCCAUGGGGGUGUCAUGACACCCUCGGCCAUCAGGAUGCACACCAGGGCCUCUCCCUGCAGGAGAAAAUACCUGCAACGCUGGCACCUGGAGGCACUGCUCCGCCGGCUCCAGGGCUCCCAGCAGGCCCAGCGCCUGGCAGUGACGUGGCAGCGCUGGGUAGAUGCUCAGGGGGCAGAGCAGCUGGCGCGGACACUGCUCAGGCAGUGGCACCUGAGAUGGGCGUGGAGAAUGUGGCGGCGGCGAGUCCUGCGGCUGCAGGUGGCUCGGCGAUUAUGGCAGCGGGAAGCCGGCUGGGUCCUCUCCCAGUCCUACCCUGUGACUGGUUUGGGAACAAGGCUUGGCUGGUGGCAGGGCUGCUGUCCCACGCCUUUGAGAAGUGGCACCAGCGUCUGGCAGCCAGGGGCCAGUGGAGAGGUGCCACCAGCAGCCCGAGGCUCCUGAACAAAGCGGGCAUAUCAGGACCAGGGAGCAGGCAAGGAGCGGCCAGAGCCCCUGCACGGGGUGGACUUGGGGCGGAGCAGGGGGCCCAGCUGCAGUUGUGA